CGGUGCUGCGGGAGCGGCGGCGGCUCGGCGGCAGCGAGGGCGGGAGCGGCCGUGACCAUGGCUGGAGGCAAAGCUGGAAAGGACAGUGGGAAGGCCAAGGCUAAGGCUGUGUCUCGCUCACAGAGAGCUGGGCUACAGUUCCCCGUGGGCCGCAUCCACAGACAUCUGAAGACUCGCACCACGAGCCAUGGACGGGUUGGUGCCACGGCUGCAGUGUACAGCGCUGCGAUCCUGGAGUACCUCACUGCGGAGGUGCUGGAGCUGGCAGGUAAUGCGUCCAAGGACCUCAAGGUAAAGCGCAUCACUCCGCGUCACUUGCAGCUCGCCAUCCGUGGUGACGAGGAGUUGGACUCUCUUAUCAAGGCCACAAUAGCUGGGGGCGGUGUGAUCCCACACAUCCACAAGUCUCUGAUCGGGAAGAAGGGACAGCAGAAAACUGCUUAGAGAGUGGUUUUAACCAACGCUCUUCCUCCCUGUCACUGUACUGUAACUAGGGCAGAAGAAAUGAUGGGGACACGUGGAAUUUUAAAAACAGCUAAGUGGAAAAGCAUAGACAAUUACUACAGACAUGAUAAAAGAAACAUUUGUACGUUCUUAGACUCGAAGUUUGAUAAAAGGACCUUUUCAUGUGGCAGCAGUUAUAUGUGCAUUGGCUAGGUUUCUCCCACGUUUUAUACAAAAAUGGAAUUGAUAAACCAUUUUUUACAAAAAUAA